GUUAUUUUGAGCUUGUGAGAUAAACGAAAGGGGGAACAAAACCAAGCCUACACAUCCACCUCCGCAGCUGCUGGUUUGUCUGACCCGUGUCGCUAUGAAACUUUAACUGUCUGCAGCCGUUUUCCCUGCACUUCCUCCGGCAGAAACACGGGACCUGUGUGCCCAGCUGGAUUGGUCCUUCAUAACAUCGCUGAUCAGUCUGUGGAUGCUCUCCGUUCCACAAACAGCUACGUUAGCUAGCUGUCGUGCAAAGCUACUCACACCUCCGCGGAAGACGGACAACAUCAUCCAAAUACUGAGUUUUAAGCCUGACAUACGCCUUUAAGGCACCCUCCCUCUUGAAGUUCUCAUCUGAUGGAGCAGUGGUUGUCAGGCUUUGUAAAGAGGCACCAUGUUUCCUUGCCAUGUAACGCCCUGGCCCUCUGCUGAACCACCAGCCUCAUGUGGCAACCAUGUAACCCCUACACAGCCCUCACAGCCAUUGCCUGAUCUGCUGUGCAGCUGUCCAGCUCCGCCUUCUGACACUCACUCUGAAACACCCUCCCCGGACCCCAUGGAGUCCCUCAUCGUUGUUACAGAGUAUGAACCCAGCCGACCACCAGGAGAAGUUGGGGAAGAGGAGGUGGAGGAAAUGGACAGCUCUGAGGUGCCCGAGCCAGCUUCCUCUGGAGUAGCACCUUUCCGGGCUCCAUCCUGUGACCUGCUGUCCCACACAGUUGGCCGGCCAGAGGCUUUACUCCCAGAAAGCCAAGAGCAAAGGGGAAGACUAAACCUGUCAGACAGGAAACUAUCUCUGCAAGAACGCUCACAAACAGCAUCAUCACCUUGCAGCUCUCCUGGACUCAAUGGGCGCUAUAUUUACCCAUCUUUGCCCUACUCCCCUAUAACAUCUCCCCACUCGUCUCCUCGCCUUCCACGCAGGCCAACUGUAGAGUCCCACAGUGUUUCCAUCACAGACCUUCAGGACUGUGUUCAACUCAACCAGUACAAGCUGAAGGAUGAGAUUGGAAAGGGGUCCUAUGGUGUUGUCAAGCUGGCAUACAACGAAGAUGACAACACAUACUAUGCGAUGAAGGUGUUGUCCAAGAAGAAGCUGAUGAGACAGGCAGGUUUCCCACGGAGACCACCCCCUCGUGGAGCAAAAGCAGUUCCUGAAGGGCCCCCUCAGCUGAAAGGACCCCUGGAGCGGGUCUAUCAGGAGAUUGCCAUCCUGAAAAAGUUGGACCAUCCUAAUGUAGUGAAACUAGUUGAGGUUUUGGAUGACCCCAGUGAGGACCAUCUGUACAUGGUUUUCGAGCUGGUCAAGAAAGGAGCUGUGAUGGAGGUGCCAACAGAUAAACCUUUUAGUGAGGACCAGGCUCGCUUUUACUUCCAAGAUCUGCUAAGGGGAAUUGAGUACUUACAUUACCAGAGGAUCAUCCACCGAGACAUUAAACCCUCAAAUCUGUUAGUGGGAGAAGACGGACACAUCAAGAUAGCAGACUUUGGGGUUAGUAACCAGUUUGAAGGGUCCGAUGCCCUUUUGACCAGUACAGUAGGAACGCCAGCUUUUCUCGCCCCUGAAGCGCUCUCUGAGACCAGAAAGAACUUCUCUGGAAAGGCUUUGGAUGUUUGGGCUAUGGGAGUGACACUUUACUGCUUCGUCUUUGGAGUGUGUCCUUUUAUGGAUGAGCGCAUCCUCAGUCUUCAUCAGAAAAUAAAGACACAACCUGUGGAGCUGCCUGAACAUGCUGACAUAUCUGACGACCUCAAAGAUUUGUUGCUUAAAAUGUUGGACAAAAAUCCAGAGACCAGAAUAUCAAUCCCACAAAUUAAGGUUCACCCGUGGGUAACAAGGCAUGGUGCAGAGCCGCUCCCUCCAGAGGAUGAUAACUGUUGUAUGCUGAUAGAAGUGACUGAAGAGGAGGUGGAGAAUUCUGUUAAACACAUCCCAAGCCUGGCCACUGUAAUUCUUGUGAGAACCAUGCUGAGGAAGCGCUCCUUUGGGAACCCUUUUGACUGGGGUCGUAAAGAAGACCGGAACAAUCUGGGAGCUCCAGGGCAAAUGCUCACAAAAGGCAGAGCAGGCAAAGUGAGACACUGCUACAUUCAUUCUAACCAAAGAAGGAAACAAGAAAGUGGGGAUGGCAUGAAGAGCAUGGAUCUGCCCUACGUGGGAGAGGAUGAGGUUCUUUCCUGAUGCAGAGGGUUUAUUAUGCACGUUGGUAUUAAGCUGCCUGCAACUACACAGCACGACACCCUUUACUCACAGUUUUAUAUACUGUCAGCCAACCCCUGCACAUACGUUUCCUGGGAGGUGGACAAAUGUGACCAACACCGACAAAAGGAGAGAGAUUAAGGAUUUAUGGCACUUUUGACAACCUUUUUAAAGCUAUUAUUCGAUAAUCUCCUGGAUUAAGGUUCUCUUUGGAGGUUUUAGGACUUGUGACAGACAUGAACCUUCCAGGAGAGGAUUCUCUUGGACUUUGUUCAACCCUUACUGUCCUUAUCUUAUCCUGCAUGCAUUUACAGUACUAGCAUGCUCUGUCUCAGGCUUAAACUGUACAGUUUCUGUGUUCUAUUGUAGUUUAACCACUUGUGUUUAUCCUUGUCUUUACUUGACAAUACUUUCAGGUAUACAGGGCGUGGGAGCAGGAGAUGAUGUGAUGUUUCCUCAGAGCGGUGGGUGUGUAAGUUAAUGAGAGUGGCUCUCUACCAUCACCAUUAUAUUCUCUUUAGUAGAGCAGGAAUCUUGACAACGAUUGUCUAGUUCACUCGCAUUGGAGUGGCCAGUUGUGUACGAUAUUUUAGAGUGAAUAUUCUGUACAGUUUUCCCAAAAUGAAAAAGGGAAGUGAAAAAAUGUUUACUCCAUUAUAUGCAUGUGUUUACUUUCCCAAUGCAAACACUGUAUAAGCUAUUUAUAAUCAUUUACACAUGUAUAGACAUACCUUUUUAAUGUAAUUUCCUUUUUUCAGACUAUCCCUGGCUCUUAAGUCACCCAUUUACUGCAAGCUUUAAAAACAGUUGGUACAUUGCUCUGUACCAGGUUAUAAAUGCAUUUUUUUCACUACUGCAUCAGAAAAAAGGGAAUUUCUUUAUUAGCAAACUGUUGUCUGGUGGAUACUCUUUAGAUAAACAACAUUUUUAGGUGUUUUGCUAUAUAAAUUCGUGGAUCUGCAGCAUAUUAUAUAAAUACAUAGUCAUCUUCCAGAUGCUUUUGAAAAUAUGUCAGUGCAAAAUUAUUCUGUGGCCAUUCUCUUCAAUGGGGAUUUUUUGUUGUUUUUCUUAACUGUUUUAAAGUCCUCAAACUGCAUUGGCCAACAAGGUUGUGUAUUGUGAUGCUGAGGUACUUUGAGGAUAUGUUUUUAAUGUCUAUUUAUUUCACUUCUCAAGUAGAUGUUUGUAUGUAGACUGAAAGCAGACAGUGCUAAUUAUGGAACCUCUCAUUAAAGUUGUAAAUGUUCUUGUUUCAAUUUCAAACCUAUGAUGGUAUUUAAGAGGCGCACAUCUUCAGGACACCAAAAACUGAAAUUAUGUAGAAUUUUGUAACUUAAAAAAACAAACCUUUAAAUAGUUCUUUAUUGAUCUGUAGAGAUGGCUGACUGCAUUUUGAGAUGGAAGCAUAGUGCAGCUGCAGACUUUUGUACAAAUCUAUGCAUGACAUAUCUAUGGAAGUUAAAAACUGUUGUCAUCAUCGGUUGUAGGACUAGGCCACUCUGCCAAUAUUUGUAAUCAUUUAUUAUUCAUUUAUUAUUGAUAUAAUAUUCAUCUUAGAUAAUCCCAGAAUGGUACAUUACAUUUUCCCACCAUUCUUUCCUUUUUUGCUUUGUUUAUUUUUUGUAUGUCUGUCGUUUACUUAGACUUUUAACAAUAUUAACUCUGAUGCUUCCACACUAUUUACUUCAGCACAUAAUGUGUUGAAUGUACUGUAUGAGAAAGGGAUUUUUUUUUUUUAAAUUUUACUAACUCCUUGCAUGUCACUACUAAUUAAAAGUCACUCUGUUUUUUAAGACUAGUACUAUGCAUAUGAUGUGUCUUUCUCUGUAUGGUGCAAUGGUUCACUCUGUAAGAUUGUCAAGUCCACUCAGUGUCUACAUGAGGAGGGUUGUGUAUGGUUGACUGUACCUAAUUACUUCUGCUUACCCAACAUUUCUUCUCAAACCACUUAUUAGGUUGUGACCUUUAGUGAACACAGCAUUUAGACAUGUUCUCUGGACUUAGGUUUUCAUAAAAAUAUUGUACUGUACAUUUUCAUUAGCUAAUGAUCUUUAAUGCCCAUGCUUGAGCCAGAAAAUAAUUUGCGGAAAUGCCUCUAUUUGUGUUAUACUGUGAAAAUGUACCUCAUUUUAAUGAUGUAUACCAUAGUAAAACUUUAUAUAUAUAUAUAUAUAUAUAUAUAUAUAUAAAGUUCAUUCUUUCAUAAACUGCUGUGUAUGCUAAGGUUAAGUCAGAUGUUUGUUUUUUUUGUUUUUUUUUUAACCAUAAGCAAAAUAUGGCACAGACCACUGUUUUGGUGUGACUAUUUUGCCCUCCAUGACCAACAGGAAUGAAACUUAAAGAUAGUCUGGGUUAAAUGCAGGGUGAUGAUACAAGGCACAGAAAAGCUGUAUGAUAAAUAUUUUAUACAAUGUUUAAACCUGUAGUUUGUUACAUGAAUUUUCAUUCUGUAGUGUAACUUACUUUUCAAGAGCUUUGGGAGCUCUUUCCUCCCAAUGCAUGCCAACAUACUGAACACCUUGUAUUGUCAUAGCAUGAGAGGUCCGCUACGUCAAAACGAACCUCUGGAUUAAUUAUUCUAUACAAACUGUAUGUGGUUUAUCAUUUGAAUAAAACAAGAUUGCCUUUCA